AUGGGUGCUCCCUCUGGCUGUAUGGUUCAUCAGCUCCGCCAGCUGGGCGUUAUCACACUGGCAAUAAUUACAUGGAGCAACGCUUGCAUGUCCAGAAUGAGCCCUUUCCCAACUUGGAGUGGGCGACGACCUCGUGAGAUGUGGGCGCUGCGUUCUGGCCGCCCAUGCUCCUGCGACUAA